UCAAAUGGCUUGGAUGGGACAGAUGGAGCCACAAUACUCUGACCGCUAAAGAUCCUACCAGGAGAGAGGAGCAGUAAAGGAUAUUCCUUCCCCUCUGGAUCUCUGAAAGUUUAACAUGGGAUGAGCUUGCCAACUAUGAGUUAAGCUGCAUCCUGGUGCAUCCUGACUGAGACACCGGACCAGACCCCGAACCCUGGAGGGGCGGGGGUGUUGACCGGGAGGAAGAUGCGAUGCACCACCCUCAUCACCUUGCUGACAGGGGUCAUGCUGUACCUGGGCAUGGGAGCGCUCGUUUUUGUCAACCUAGAGGCCCCAGAGGAGAGCAAGGCGCAUACAACCCUGCUCAAAGCCAAGCAGGUCUUCCUCGAAAAUAACUCCUGCAUCACUGAGGUGGACUUCCAGGAACUUGUGAAGAAACUAGUAUCUGCUAUUGAGGCAGGUCUGGAUAUAAGCAGCCUCUCUCCCAACCUGACCACCCGCUGGGAUAUGGGCUCUGCUUUCUUCUUCUGUGGUACCAUCAUCACUACAAUAGGCUUUGGGAAUCUGUCACCUCGGACAUGGUUUGGACAGUUGUUCUGUGUGUGUUAUGCCCUGGUGGGCAUCCCCAUGUUUGGCUUCCUGCUUGCUGGAGUGGGUGAUCAUAUGGGCACGGUGCUGCGGAGAGCUGUGGCCAAGAUUGAGAAGCUCUUUUUGAAACGUAAGAUCCGGCCCACAACUGUGCGUGUGAUGUCAGCAGUUCUCUCCAUCCUUAUUGGCUGCUUGAUCUUUCUCGCAGUCCCAACAGUGGUGUUUCAGAAAGUGGAGAAGUGGUCUUUUCUGGAGUCGCUGUAUUUCGUGGUCAUCACCCUUACCACUGUUGGAUUUGGAGACUACGUACCAGGUCAAGGUGGAACGAUCUUCAAGCCUCUGGUGUUGCUGUGGAUAGUGUUUGGUCUGGCGUACUUUGCCUCCAUCUUGACAAUGAUAGGCAACUGGCUGAGGGUUCUGUCCAAGAGGACACGCGCUGAGGUGAGAUCUUUUAAGAUGGAGGAGUUGAGGGCCCACGCCACAGACUGGACUCAGAACAUGGAGUUCCGCAUCCCAAACCCCCUGGAAUUCAACGACCCAUUUCUCCUUCAACGACGGCGAUGGAAACGCAGCGAACGUCGCCGCAUCCGCCGAGGAGCCCACGGCACCCUGGGAUACUGGGUUCGAGGCGGUUCCGAGAACGGACACUUGCCAAACCGCUUUGCGGGCCUUUCCAGUUCCUUGUGCCAGCUAGAAGGUCCGCCCUCUAUAGAGAGGGCCGCGAUGUCCAAGCCCAGGCCACGGGCUAGCGGAGAGGCAGGUGUCCCAAACGCAGCGCUGGGAAGUAGAGCGGAUGCUGUUGUUGGUGUUCAGGGACAUGGAAGGUCAUGUCAUCAGGUUCUAGCCCGAUCCUUCUCCCUUCCUGUGGCCCGAUCCACUUCAGAGCUGGACUCCAGAACUGCUGCCAUAUUGAAUGACUCCCUCUCUGGAUCUGAGUUUGCAUUUGACUCCAGGUCAGAUGGCUCACCUGAGUCCUUAUCAUUCUCAGUGCUACACAGUCUCCAACUCCCCCAUCCCCUCCACAGGGAAGAUGGGGGUGUGGGAGCAGUUACGGAACAGGAAAAAGACCAAAUGGUUUUAAAGAAAUCUGGAUCGGAAUCUACAAGUGCCUGCAGUCAAUCCCUCGCUGAGAGUGCUUCCUUUUGCCCCCACCCUCACACACCUGAAUUACACCCUCCCUCCCCUCAGGGUUCCGCUGCUUCUUCACCAGACUGUCAGUUGCUGGAUUUCUUUGGAGAAACCCUGGCCUACAUUGAUGAGUCCUCAGACACACUGAGUGACCUCACUGAGCCAACAGCAAGCAAAGAGAAAAGGAGACGUCCACAUAAGCCCAAGCGGAGGAGCAUGAAGAAAGGUUUGUCACCCGGAUGGAGCCUCUUGCAUCUGAGGAGGCCAAGCCUGCAGCCACCCUCUAAUCCCCCAACCCCACCUCCAGACUGUUCUUCCUCAGAUCUUUCGGUAUCAGAGAUCCAGACAGACUCAAAUCCUGGCCUUUGAUGGACCCUGUACGUAUGGCAUACCGCCAACGUUUUCAUGACAUAACUUGACAAAACUGAAUCAUUAAUUCCUUGGAGGUCAUUAAUGAAGUAAGUGCCUAAAAUCUGCUUUACCUCUCCAGAGGGACAGUCUUCUGUUACCUGCUGGCACACAGUGUAUUGAUUUAUUCCUGUUUAAAUCUGAUGCAGACUGUUAUAUUUCUGUCUAAAUUUAAAAAAAACAUACACUCGCUAUGCAAAC